UGUAGACCUCUGUCGUGUUGACAGUCGUGGUAUUUAUAAAGUUUAGUGUAGCACCUUUUGCGCAGCAGCCGCACGACUGAGGGCUCUCCACGCUGUGCACAAAGGCUGCUGGCGAGGGAACUGCCGAGCGAGAACUCAGCACUGAGAGGCGUAAUAAACAAUCCCCAGCUAGCCCGAGAGGACGCACAGUCGAAGUAGCUCACCGGCCGAAACGCUUUCUGCGCUGCCCACUGCCUGUACUGGGAGAUGGAGGAGCCCACGCCUGAACAGCAAAAGACUUCCACCAACGACAAAGGAUGCCAGACCGACGAGAUCUGCAACGGCAGCCCAGAACCAACUGGACCCGACUCCGGCUCGGCCCACCCACCUGGGUGUUGUGUGGAGCCUGGAGACCCUCCUCUGCUGCAGAAACAGAUUCAAACCUCCAGGUCUGGUAUCCAGCAGAUUAUCGAGUGUUUCCGAUCAGGCACCACACAGCUCCGGCACAUCCUGCUGAAGGAGGUGGACACCAUCUUUGAGUGUAAGCUGUGCCGCAGCCUGUUCCGCGGCCUCCCCAACCUCAUCACGCACAAGGAGUUCUACUGUUUCCCCCGGCACCCCGAGCCUGACGGCUCUUCGAGAGAGGCCAGACAGAGCACAGCCAUGAAGGAACUGAUCGAGGCCAUCUACCCACGGAAGGACGAGUGUGUCGUGCGGCUGGAGCCCAUCAGCACCAACCAGAACGCCGUCUUCCAGCACAUCGCCCACGACGACAAAACCACUAGCCAGGCCACAGCUGAGCACCGCAAGGAGAAGGAGAAAGACAGAGACAAGGAGAAAGAGCCGGAACUGAAACACACUGUCCUGCUGGAGAAAGCGGACCCAGAUGUGUUGGAGAGCGAGGCAGAAAACCAGGAGGAGACGGAGGAGGAGGAGGGGGAGGCCGAAGAGGAGGAGGAUGAGGAGGAAGAGGAGGAACUGCAAGGAAUGGAAGAGGAGGAUGAUGGGGAUGAGGGCACAGAAGACGAAGGCGACCCGCAGGACAGCCCCGAGAAGGGAUCGGACGCCGAUGUGGACGUGAGCGACAGUUCAGACCCCGUGCUGCAGGGCGUGAACAUCACCUGCUGCAUGUGCGGCAAGGACUUCUACUCUCGGCAGAGCAUCCGCCGGCACUGCCGCAAGAUGCACCAGAACUGGCUGGAGGAGCUGCGCAAGUUCACCGAGAUGCGCACCGUGCCCAUCAGCCUGCUCUCCAUGGUCAAGGUGCCCACGGGCGCCUCGCCCGUCAAGACGCCCUACGGCAAGAGCUGCCCCGUCUGCUACAAGUCGUUCGCCACCAAGGCCAACGUGCGGCGCCACUUCGACGAGGUGCACCGCGGCCUGCGCCGCGACCUCAUCACGCCCGACAUCGCCACCAAGCCCGGCGAGCCGCUCUCGUUGGAGAGCAAGCCCGGCCCGACGACGACGGCGGCAGCGACUCCGCAGUACAACCUGGCGUCCGGCAAGUGCCUGGUGUGCAAGCGGAAGUACAGCAGCCAGGCGCGGCUCAAGAGGCACCUGCGCAUCGUGCACAAGAUCCGGCCCAAGGUGACCGCAACCUCCACCGCCGCCGCCAACUCUGCUCAGACGCCCUCGUCUUCCGCGGGUAAGAAGGCCGUCAAGCGUCCAGCCUCGCCGCCUCCUCAAGCUGAAGUGCAACGCCGCGGAAGGCCGAAGAAGUACAAACGGGAGGAGCAGUACAGGCCCCGUAAGCUGCAGGAGGAGGGCAGCGACGAGGGGGACGCGAGUCCCACGGUGCGCCGGCCGAAGCUGGCGCUGGGCUUCGACUUCAAGCUGCUCUACUGCAAGCUGUGCAAGCGGCAGUUCAGCUCGCGGCAGAACCUGGACAAGCACAUCGAGCUGCACACGGACAACGACAACGAGAUCUUCAUCAAGUUCUACCGCUGCCCGCUGUGCAGCUACGAGACGCGGCGCAAGCGCGACGUGCUGCGCCACAUCACCGUGGUGCACAAGAAGCCCGGCACCUACCUGUCCAAGAUCAUGGCCACCAUCGAGAGCCGCGCCGUCAAGAAGCCCGCCGAGCUGGUGCUGAGGAACAGCGGCGCGGUCAAGCGGACUCAGCCGCCCGCGGCGUCACAACACCCGAAGGAGGAGAUGAACGGCAGACACGAGCCGGCCAUCGCCGGGACCGCUCCCCAGAGCACGCGCAAGCACUCGGACACCCCCGCGUCGUCCACCCCGGUCACGCGCAGGCACGAGAUCCCCCCGCCCACCCCACCCGUCACGAGGAAGCACAGCCUGUUCCACUCCAGCCCGCCGGUCACCAGGAAGUCCGACCAGCACCAUCACCACCACCAGCAGCACUCUACGACGCCCCACACGCGCAAACAGGAGGCCCCACAGCCUCUGGCCUCGGCCAAGCAGGAGCCGGCCGAGUCGCAGCACAGCACGGAGGUCAAGGUCACCAAGAACUUCUCCCUUCACGCCUGUGACAUGUGCGGCCGGGCCUUUGCCAAGAAGCUCUACCUGGAGACGCACAAGCGCAGCCACCGGAACGCUGCUGCCGCCGCCGCGUCCACCAACGACGACAACCGCACUCAAGGGGUCAGCACGCGGUCGAAGGCCCUGCUCUGAUCUUUUCUAAGGAUGCAUCUCAUGAUCUCACACUGGAUCCCUCAACGUCACGCCAGACGCGAAGAGAAGGGGAGCUUUGAAAACGCUGCCAGCUUUGGACGUGAAAAAUGCUGGCGCCACUGUAUUGUAAAUAGUACCAAAACAAAAAGAAGGUUCACGAAGGAGGAGGCAUGGUGAUGUUUGUGUACAAAGGGACUGGUUUCUAGCUUUCCCGUAUCUCAGAGGACGUCCAUAGCCCCCUCUCUUUUGGUUUGUUUGUUUGUUUAUUUGUUUGUUUGUUUGUUGACGUUUUCCAGGAACUCUAAUCUCAAUAUCUGCCUACUCGGUUGAAUGUUUGUGAGUUGUACGAACCGGAAAUGAUUAACAUUUAUUCUUGCAGACCACCAGCCUAAGCCCCACAACUACACUCCCCAUCCCCUUCCACGCCCAAUCCUCCCCCCUCAGCGUAAUAGGACUCUGUGAGUCAGCAAAGGCUGUGCUUUCUUUUGUUUUGUUCGUUUGUCUGUGUGUUUUAUAAUGUCUAGGACCACAGUCACUCUUCUUUGUUUGAAUGAACUUUAUUAAAACUCAUUCCACUAUCAGCCCGCCAGAUCGGAACCCUCGACUCGGUGCCUCCACUAUACUCUACCCUUUACACUUACCGCCCAGAUAUCUAGGGCUGUUCAGUUGCACCGCACCGCUUCCUCCACUUGGGGGCAGCAGAGUGCAAGUCAAGUGCAUUAUGGAGGCACCACAGCGUGGGGUUGUUGGUCUAGGCACCGUUGGCUGUUGUUUUCCCUCAUUUCCUUUACCUUUUGCUCAGAUGUGAGCAUGCUCAAGUACCAAAACAAAUCCUGUUUUAGAGGAUCGACCAGAAGCAAAUCUCUACUUUCUUGAACUUAAAAAAAAAAUGUCCUGACUACUUCCAGAUGGAAAGGUUUCGUUUGUUUGUUUGUUUUUUUUAUAGACCCUUUAAGUUGCCAUCAGCUGAAGUCAUGCCGCUUAGUUGUUAGCCGUGAAGGGGGCAAUUGAACAAAAGGUCAUGCAAAUAUAUUAUUUGACUUGUGUGUAGUCAGAAAACUAACACAUGCAUAGGUUCUACCAACAGCGUCACCAUUUAGACUAAAGUGUUCAGUGUUGGAAAAUAUUCUAGUUUGGUUAUAUUACUGACAGGAGGUCAUUAUUUUAUUCGAUAAUAAGCCAAUCAUUCAAAAGCUGAAGUAAUUAGAAUCAUUAAUUUUAUGUAGUCUUCCUGGGCUAUUUUGCCUCCCAACACACCCACUGCAGCAGGUAGGCUUCUUGGUUCAUUGCUGAAAUGAAUGUAUUCCUAGCUGAAUCCACACUCGCUUUCCCUAAUAAACCAAGCAACGAAAACAA